UGACAUCGAUCGCCAUGACCAUCACAAAGGAGAGGUUGGAUCUUGCCUGCAGGCGUUUGCUGGCCCUUGGAGUGCCUACAGAUUUCAUCUACCUCGUGCUCAUCGCGUGGUGGCUGAUGUCAUCCGAGCUGUUUUCUUGGAAAGAUAUCCAAGACUGUGGCGGUCUUGACUUGGUGGAAUUUUUUUCAGGAGUUGGACGGAUUGCUACAUAUGCUCAUAGCUGCGGCUUUGUCAGUCGUGCAUACGACAUCAACCACGACCCAGCUCCAGAAGGAUACUCCACGCACUCAGAGUUGCCUAAAAGAUCUUCGUUUGACAUGAACGGGGAAGCUGGUAUGUUGCUUUGCAUCAUCAUGAUCUUACAUGGCAAGUGGCCUGGCCUCAUUACCACAUGGGCAGUGGUAUGCAGCAGUUGGUCGCCAGUGAACUUAGCAACAAGCAAACGUACAGAGCUGAACCCCUACGGGGAUUGCAACAACACCAAAGUCAUUCGCGGUAAUCGGAUGGUUGCAAGGACAUCACUGCUCAUACUCUUGACUUUUGUUCUGGAGGGCUAUUUCUUUCUUGAAAACCCGGGCGGAUCAGUGAUCUGUUUGCACCCGCGCCUUCGAUGGUGCUUUGCGGCAAUCCGCCGGGCUGGCGCCAAAGUCUACAAAGCUGGCUUCCACAUGAAAGCCUGUGGAAGCGCCACCGAGAAGAAGACCAUGUUGUUGACAAGUUCUCGGUGCUUCCGGCAGUUUCAUGGGAAGAAGGCCAAACGUUCUGGCACCAAAAAAGGCCUAUGUCGUAAGUACAUUGACUCCAAAGGCCGUACAGCCUAUGCAGGAACAAAGGCACUCAAGCUGUCACAGGUCUAUCCGGUGAUGUUUGCCAAGUCCAUUGUGAAGUUGAUUCCCCAGAUGCGUUCAGAAGGGUCUUUUACCUUCAACCUCCCUGUAGAGACUGGACCGUCUCUACAGGAGGCCUUGCUCGGAGCGAUGAAGCAAGAGAUUUCAGAGCUAGACCAAAGUAUCUCUGAACAACUUCUGCGGGAAGCUGGGCUGGAACCUGAACGCUUUGCCUUUGCACUGGAUGCUUCUUCAGAGAUACCGAUUUCGGAGCAAGAGACUGUUCCAGGAUCACCAGUCCUGGCCCUUCCAGCUAUUCCCCGGGUAGAGGCCACUCAGACUGGAGGGGGCGUCGCCGAAACCCCUGUGUCUCCAGCUGUCAUCCCCGAGACCCAGCCAAAGGUCCAGCAACGGGUGGCUGCUGUGAAGAACAUUGCGGAAGCUGAUCCAACCAAAUUGAUGAGGAAGACCAACCCAAACCGCAAGAAGAAGAAGAACAAGGUCACUGCAGUGGCCACUGAAAGGCUUCGCCAGGGAGCCUUAGGUCGGGAAAGCAAGGCCAAUCUUGGCAAUGCAGCUCGGGACGGCUAUCGCACGAUACGCCGAUCUGGGAUUUCUUGGAAGAUUCCCAUAGACACCUUGGAUUACAAGAAGGUGGAUGGCUCGUUCUUGACAACUCACUUCUUGCACCCUCAGAACAUCUUAGAGUACUUCAUCCAGCACAAACCGAUGUUGGUUUGUGGCGCGCAGGAUGCUUCAGAAAUGGAAAUGAUUUGUGGAGCGUUUUGGAGCGCCUACAAGACCUUUCAUGGUGACCACCAAGUGUUUGAAACCCAUUCUGGAAACCUACAUCACUGCAUUCCCUUGGCACUUUGGGGCGACGAGGGAAAAGGCAAAAGAAGAUCAAACACGACUCUUGUUGCUCUGGAAGCUGUCAUUGGCUGUAAGGGGAAGCCUUGCAGCUGCACAGACUGUGAACCCAACAGUGAUGUCUCACGCUGGGGUCCUCCAGGUGAUGAUGAGCAUUUGGUUGCAAAAGCACUGCGGACAAACAUGAAGGGCCAUUCGUAUCUCCAACACUGGCCCCUUUUCAUUGUUCCGGGAACCUUGGCCAAGGACUACAAAGGCUUGACACACAAGCUGGUGGAGUGUGUGUCGUCAGAUUUGGAGGGCCUCUUUACUACUGGAAUCCAAAUUGGGGACCAAAGGUGGUACGCUGCUUUGGUGGCCGCCAAAGGAGACCUGAAAUGGCAUUCAAAGAUUGGGCGUUUUGUGAGGAGCCAUGAGAAUCAAUCCACCAAGCGCGACUUAGAAAUGUGCCACCACUGCAAAGCAGGUGGUCCUGGGGAGGGGCAGAUCGCUGAUGAGGCAGCAGAGCUUUUGACUAGUGCCGGUCCCACUCAGAAGCUGUCCAAACAAAACAACGAGCUCCGAGAGAAGUUGAAGCAAUCGGAGCAGUUGCGGCAGGACCUGGCCAAAUCCAUGGCGGAGCUCACCACCGGGACCGGACGAAACAUCGCGGACCGCACAGCAGCUCCUGCCCGGUUCCCACUGGAGGAGAUGGCAGGUCGUGGCCGUCAGCUCCGCAAUCGUCGCACCACAGUGGAGUUGGGCAGUGGCGCUGGCACGCUCCCACUUGACCCGCUGGCACGCGACCCCAGGGUGGGCACCAUUGCAGGCACCGGUGCUGCGGCGGCGGAGGCUCUCUCCAGCAUGAGAGACGUGGAGGUCCGGGCGCGUGGGCUUGGUCGGAGCACCGUGAACCAUGGACGAAGGGACAUCGGAAGGUCCAGCAAGAGAUAUCAUCGACGAUGUUUGGAAGAUGCAACCCAGACACUCCGACGCUUGAGCGUCGGAUCUCUCAUGUAUGAAGAUGUUGGUCCAGGUCCACAGCGGGAUGUUGGCCCUGACGAGUGCCGAAAGCCGGCUUGGUCUACUCAGAGUUUCUUGGCAGCAACUCGAGUGAAGGGCAACUUGUCAGAAGUUCUUUGCAAGCCGAAGAUCAUGCCUAUCAAGUCGGCCACGCUUGAACAGAUUGAACAGAUGGAGAAGGAGUUUCAGGCCACGAUGCUGCCGGUCUUCGGAAUGACCGUCCGGGGCCAAGAAAACGGUGCCGUUUCGCACCGCCAGGGCCUAGCUAGGCAGAACAAGCACAAGCACAAAGUCCAGCACAUCCUCCAGCACGUCAACAAGCACCAGCACAUCCUCAAGCACGUCAACAAGCACCAGCACAUCCUCAAGCACCUCGACAAGCACCAGCACAUCCUCAAGCACGUCAAGAAGCACCAGCACAUCCUCAAGCACGCGCAGGAGGAGACCAGGCGAGACCGACAGUUCUGCCGCCGGUUCUUCCUAGAGAAGUAUUGGCUGUUCUUCUCCGGGCCCUCCCACUGGUGGAACCCGGGCGUCACCGAUGGCGAGCCCAGACGAGAAGUGCCAGGCAUGCUGAUCCGCGGGCUGGAGCUAGAGGAGGUGGCAGAGAUUGCAGAAGUGCCAUACAGCCAAGUCAGCGAGAUACUGAAGCUUCUGGAAGAAGAGGAGCCACAAGACGUGGAUCCCACUUCUCCGGCUUCCACCUCCGUGCUUCAGCCGAGUCCGUCACCCCUGUCACCCGAAGCGUCUCCGAAAGAAGUGCAAGAGGACGAGGACGAGCAGGUCUACGACCAUGAGGUGAGGCCCAGCACGGCGCCAGCCGCGCCCGCUGCCGCGCCCGCGGCGCCAGCUGCGCCUGUGCCCCCUCCCAGGCCCAAGCCGGAUGUGACGGCUGCCGGGAAUCAUGCAUAUCGGCGCCGCCUCUUCCGCCCGCAAACCGCUCCGGCUGCCCGGCGAGCGCCUACAGCGGCUGAGGUGGGCCUCAACAUGCGCCGGGUCAAGCUCUUCGUCUUUCAGUGGAAGCGCCGCGCCAAGGACUUCUUUACUGACUUCAACUUGUUGAACUCUGGUCGGUGCACCAGAGACCAGUUUCUUCGAGGGCUCACCAAUCUCCUGCACCCACGCUCACUGGAAGAUGCUGAAAACCCCAUUGAUGCGGAGGUGCUGAUGGACUUCUUCGAAGCCUUUCCACGACUGUCGGGACAACCGCGGCUAGUGGAUCUGCGGCGCUUCUGUGAAGAAGUUGAAUUGGUCUUCGGGCUGCACCACUUGGAGAAGACACCCUUGCGAGCUGUGCCGGAACCGGGGCAAGGCGUUUGGACCGGUUUUCAGCCACGGCCACCCAGCGACCCAGACGCCUAUGAGAAGCUUCUGCAAAGGAUUCGCGUGCUGUGUCAAGCCCGAGGCAUCAACUUGAGCACUUGCUUGGAUGACACCUACUGGUCCAGUCUGGAUGCAAAAGCUGGACGUUUGCGUCCAGAACACUUUCUGCGGACCUUCCCCUUGACAAGGACCACACCAACGGCCGCCGCAGCUUUCUCCUUGGAGGAGAUGCAGCCGGUGAUGGAGCGCUUUACGGAUGUGGAUGGAUUCUUUCGGAUCUUCCUCUUCCAAAAGGAGGUGGAAGACUUGGUCCAUGGCUUUGAGACGGCCCCACAACCGCCCUUGGCGUCGACCUCUGUGGGCUUCCCCUUACAGCGUUACCGGCGGCCACAAAGCGCACGCGUCCAUUCGAGCUACAAGAAGGAGGGCGCCGAGGAUGACAGCCAAGCCACGGACUUGCGCCGUCCGAUGCGUCCUCAAACAGCUCGGGAGAGUAGGCCUUCGCCAACGCACACCUGCGUGGGGCAGCCACGGCCAGAUUUGAUGACCACCUUGCGCUCCUACGUCCUGACGAAGCGCGUCCGACUCUGGGACAGCUUUCAAGACUUCGACCGGCUCCGACGAGGUGUGGUGUCGCAGAUCGGCUUCACCAACGGCUUGAACAUCAUGGGGCUCCGCCUGAGCCUGCAGGAGAUGCAUGAGCUCUACCAGCGGUACAAGACCGUCGAUGGCCAUUUCUGCUACCACGACUUCUGCAUGGACCUUGACCAAUCCGUGCGCACACAAAUUGAGAAGAACCUGGCAGCAGCUGGUGUGAAGGAAGAGAAAAGCUUGCAUGUACCACUAUCAGAUCAAGACGAAAAGAUUCUACAGAAGGUCCAGUCUGCUAUGGCCAGAUCUGUGAAAGCACGGGGCCUGGACACGAUCGCGAUCUUUGAGAACUACAAGAAGCCAGGGCAAGCCGCCUAUGGACAUGUGCUGCAGCGCAGCUUUUGGAGGGCGAUGCAUGAGAUCAACGUGAAGUCACUGGCGGAGUAUGAUUUAAUGGUUCUUUGCAAGGCAUACUGCGAUACCGACUCGGGCAAAGAGCUGCUGGGCAACGAGACGACGGGCACGGAUGGCACAUGGGUCAUGUUCAACUACCUCAAUUUCUGCGCUGUGGUUGACCCUAUGAACUCCCGCAUGCCUGGUUUGCUCCAAAAGCGCAAUGUUCUCAAGCAGCGUCGCUGGAGCGCCAGAAGUGCAGGUGAACGCUCCAAAUCCGCACGGGCCAAGAUCAUGAGGCUCUACAAUCGACCAAUCACGAUGGUGGGAUGA